CGAGCGCCUGCGCGAAGGGGUACGCAUGCGCAGAGGGCCCAGCCCGCUGACAGAUUCUCGGUGGUGGCGGCGGCAGCGGCGGCGGCCCUGGACUGCGGGGAAUGGGAAUCCUAGGUCCCUGACUGAGCACCUCCCCCGCCUCCCUGCCCCCGACAUGGCUCAGGAGAAGAUGGAGCUAGACCUGGAGCUGCCUCCGGGUACGGGCGGGAGCCCGGCGGAGGGCAGUGGCAGCGGCGGCGGCGGGGGCCUCAGGAGGUCUAACAGCGCCCCCCUGAUCCACGGCCUCAGUGACACUUCGCCGGUGUUCCAGGCCGAGGCGCCGAGCGCCAGGCGGAACAGCACAACGUUCCCGAGCCGCCACGGCCUGCUGCUACCGGCCUCCCCUGUCCGCAUGCACAGCAGCCGCUUGCACCAGAUCAAACAAGAAGAGGGCAUGGACUUGAUCAACCGAGAGACGGUCCACGAGCGGGAGGUGCAGACCGCAAUGCAGAUAAGCCACUCCUGGGAGGAAAGUUUCAGCCUGAGUGACAACGACGUGGAGAAAUCCGCUUCCCCCAAGCGCAUCGAUUUCAUUCCUGUGUCACCAGCACCGUCACCCACUCGGGGAAUUGGGAAGCAGUGUUUUUCGCCAUCCUUGCAAAGUUUUGUAAGUAGCAACGGAUUGCCUCCAAGCCCUAUUCCCAGCCCAACGACCCGAUUUACCACCCGGAGAAGCCAGAGCCCUAUCAAUUGCAUUAGACCAAGUGUUCUUGGACCAUUGAAAAGAAAAUGUGAAAUGGAAACUGAGUAUCAGCCAAAGAGAUUUUUCCAGGGCAUCACCAACAUGCUUUCUUCUGACGUUGCACAGCUGUCAGAUCCUGGUGUGUGUGUAUCUUCGGAUACCCUUGAUGGAAACAGCAGCAGUGCCGGAUCUUCUUGUAACUCACCAGCGAAAGUCAGCACUACCACCGACUCUCCUGUGUCACCUGCCCAAGCGGCUUCUCCAUUUAUUCCACUAGAUGAACUUUCGUCUAAGUGAUUCACUCAUCCUGAGACUUUCUUUUUGCAGUGGAGAGAGAGAAUAAUCUAGUUGGGGCAAACACUGAACUUUGUCAAUUAAUUUGAGGCUAUUUCCUAUUUGACCCCUUUUCUUUUUUGAAAUUCCCUGAAAUGAUGUUAUUCUAGAGAACUUCUAUGUCAGGUUCCUUUGGAUACCCUUGAAUUCAGUGUAGUAAUAUUUUCAGACGUUUCCCCAAUAAGUGUGUUGAAGCAUACAUCUUUACGCUGCUAAUAUGUCUAAAUACAUAUGUUAUCCCUUGAUUUUUUUAAAUAAUUGAGAGCUCUAUUUAUUUAUGGGAUUAUUAAGUUCUGAUGAAAAUAUAAAUGUUGACUUAAUCAGCAUAGUAAACUGAUGUUUAAAAUUCCAUACUUCAUGCCCACACUAAUUUUUAAUGUUAUUUUCAGUGGUUGCCGAUUUCCAUUUGAUGAAGAACUAUACAGCUUAAAAAAAAUACGUUAGUUAUAUCUAUCUAGUGGUUAUCUGUUUUACCCAGGAAUUCUUGGAUAUUUAGUUUUCUGGGUACUGAAGUGGAUGGGAGGAGGAAUGAUUAAAGAACAAAUUAUAAAAGUUUGCAACAAAUCUUUUCAAAUUAAGUAUAUAAAAGUAAACUUUUAAGAAAAACAUUUUUAAUGAGAUUUUAAUAGUAAUUCUAGUCAGUCAUACAACUAUAACUACUAUAGAGAAAAUAAAAAUUUUUCCUUUUUUUUUUAACCAGAAAGUGCAUUUGCUUGGGUGUAAUCCUAAAGUGAAAUGGGACAGUGCCUUGCAGUCUUUGCCCACUGUACAUACGCUAAGGCUAAGCUCUUUGUACUACUGCAAACUUAAAAUUUUUCAAAUGUAGGAAACGUGUGGGAAGGCUUGUUGAACUUUGGCGCACCCAGGUAAACAAUACUCUCUCAAUUGUUGAUAUACUUUAAAAUAUUUAGUUGUGCCUCAGUUCCAGAAAUUAUUGCCAAACAGGAGCCAGAGCAAUUUUUGGCUACUUUUCUGCUCUGCCCAUCUGUCACCUUACUGGUUUUCCCUUGUUCAGGAAGGAAGCAGCUGUUUCCUUGCCAGCAGGUCCCUUCCUCUCCAUCUCCCACCAAACUAGGGCAUCACUGAUUAGACAAAGGUACAGUGUAACUUGGGUUUCUGACAGCAACAACAGGACUGUGAAUUGUUUAACCUCUGUGGUUAAAGCUACAGCUUGAGUUGACCGCCUUGGGGUUGUCAGUUAAUUAAGGGGUGAUGAUUUGCAAGAGAAAAUUAGUGGAGAGUCACAUAGGUAAAUCAUUAUUUAACUUAGGUUUUGCUAAAGUUAGAAUAGUUGAAUGUUCUUUUCUUUACCUUUACAAUUAAGACAAAAUGUUUAAUAAGAAUAGCAAAUUUUUUUUAAUGUUAUGCUUCCUUAUACCUCAUAUAUCUUCCUUAACUAGUUAGUUUGACAGAAAGAAUGGCAUACAAAGAGGAAAGGGGAAAAAUGACUCAGAACAAGACAAAAGCUCUGACUUUUUAAAGUUAUCACUUACAGAGACUUUAACAAUUUUGUGGAAUUUUUACAACUAUGAGAAUAAAUGGAACUGGUCAACUCUUGACAGUUGCCUCAAGAUGGAGUGAAAUUGCAUCGAGGGUAAGACUGUGUCCACAGGUUUAAAAUUCUCUCUUCUGAGUAAUAGUGUUCAUGUGCUCCCAUUCUCGACCUUGCUGUUCAAAUUCAAACUUAAAUAGCCUGACCUCUUGUUGGGUAACUUGCCCUGCCUCCAGAGGUAUUUGAACUUCAUUAUCUUCAACACAGGAAUUGUUAAUCUUCUCACUUCACCUGUUCUUGCAUUAGCUCAAUUGAUGUCAUCACUGAUUUCCUAAACUAGAAACCAUGGAAGCAUCUUUGACUUUUCCUUUUCUCUGUUGGGUUAGCUUAAUCACCAAGUCCUGUCAACUUCUGAAAUGAAUCUCAAAUUUCUUCCCUUGUCUAUCUGUUGCCCCUGAUUUUGCCUUAAGUUCUUGCCUAAGUGAUCUCCCAGCCUGUUUUCUGUCUCCUUUUGGUUCAGUCUUUAUACUGCCUCUUGAGUAAUCUUUCUAAAAUUUAAACUUGAUAUUUUUCGCCCUCUUGCUUGAAAAUUUCGCUUGCUUGCCCAUUUCCUACUCUUUAAGGAAUGAUUUUUUUAGCCUCAGGUAGAAGGACCUUUAUGAUCUGGCCACAUUCUGAAAUAGCUUCAAUCCUCUCCUCAUCUCUGUUCCAGUAUACAUCCUUCCUUCUUAUUCUGCAAACAUUAGACUACUUGAUAUUCUUUAAAUAUGUCAUGUACUUUCAUGUGUCUGUACUUUGGGAUAGAUUGUUCCUUCUCCCUAAAAUGCCAUUCCUAUCCUUUUCAGGGAGGCAAAUUGCACAUUGAGUUUAAGUAUGAAGGCAAUGUAUACCUGUUGAUUAUAAAGUAUUUAAACAGUGUACAUAUCUGUGUGGUUUUAAAAGUCUGCUUUUAACUAUGUAAAAUUCAUCUUCCCUUUCCACAAGUAACUUCUGUUAACAACUUGGUAUAUAUUGUACAAGAUGUGUUACUGGCAUUUCCAUGUAUAUAUGUAUAUAAAUGCAGGAAACCAACAUGUCAUUGACACCUCUCUUCUUUUCUUUCCCCCAUAUCUAAUCAUUCCUCAAGUCCUACUGAUUUUUAUCAGCUAGAAUCUAUCUCCUUAUUUCUACCUCUAUUGCCACUCUGAUCCAGGCUACCAGCAUUUCCCUCUUAGACGUCUGAAGCAACUUCCUAACUCCCACUUGUGCUCAUCACACUCACUCUGGUUGGCUAUCCAUUCAUUCUCCAUACAGCAACUAGAGUCAUUCUUUUAAAUUGCGGACCUGAUCCUUCCAUCUCCCAGCUGAAAGCUUUUCAUUUGCUUCCUGUUCUCAUGAGUAUGCCAAAAUGUAUUAAUUCUGGGCUAGGAGGCCCCGAGGAAUUUGGUCUUUCCCUCCUCCUCCCUCCUUUUCUGUGCUUCGCCCUCACUGGCUUGCCUUUCUUUUCCUUAAAUACAUCGUGUUCUCUCCUAUUUUAGAUCCUUUUCCCCGAAGGUAUGGAAACAUUAUUUCUGUAAGCUUAUUCUUCUAUAUAGAUGGGAAGUUUUUAAAUCAGAUAAGGUUCUAAGGACAUAUGGACAAUUUACGUUAUCAUAGUAUUGUUCAUAACUUGCAUCAUUAUUCUGUAGACUGUAAGGGCUUACUUAGCUCGUGUAAGAAUUAUUCUUCAAAAAGCAUUUUUAAGGUAUUAGUAUUGCUAAUCUAUAAACUUUGUGCAAGAAGUCCUAAAGUCAAUAGCAACAUUUAUUUAAAGUACAGUUUGUCAUACUUAAUAAACCUCUGGUAUAUUUUCCUUUA